CUCUCUAUUUCUUACCCGCCCGCGUUCCCGUCCGCCAUGUUUUUCUAGCGGAUAUUUUCAUAGGGCACGCGCUACCAGCAACCAAAAUCCAAAAUGGCCGAAUUGUCUGCUCUUCCUGGCAAAGUCCAACCCAUUACAGAAGUGAGUUCCUCUGUCAAUAGCUAUGGUGUACCAGAUCAAAUGAGAACAGGGUUCUCCAAUGUCAAGAGUGGAUUAACAAUAAGCCAUCCUUUAGAGUGUACUGAGAAAAAUUUUCUUCAAAAUCAAGAAUUGCUUGACUUCAAGAUGCUAAGAAAUACACAAGGUCUGCAAGCCCCUUUAAAACUACAGAUGGAAAGAGCUGUUGCAUCCAAGAUCCAGCGAUUGCCUUGUCUGCCCAGCUCAAUGGUUGCUUUAGAUUCCCUUAUGGGCACCGAUGAAAGCAUUGGAUUUGAUGACUUCCUCAACGUUCAAGGUGAUUUGGAGGUCAUGUCAGAUCCCCAUCUCACUAUGGAAUACAAACUUGGUCUUCACUGAAUUCUCUUUUGACUUUAUAACUGCCCCUUUCCUUAUACAAGUUAAACUUAGCAGAUACUUUGUAAUUACCUGGGAAGUUUAUUUUGCUGUGAACAAGUUGCUGCAAAGUCACUUCAGGGAGUAGUUGAUAAGCUUUUCAUACACUGGUUAGUUUAUUUCAAUAAAACAAUAUUUAACCCUUAAACUUCCAAGAUCCAAUUAGAUACUGCAAUUCAUUUCCUUGUAAGCGAAACAGGAGAAUUCCAUUACAUAUCAAGAUAACACUUGCUAGGUGAUAAACUUGUCUGUUCUCUUGACCUGUUUGUAUGAUAAUGUGAUGGGAAUUCAAGGAGAAGUUACAAGUAAAUCUCUUCCAGGAGGUUAAAGGGUGAAAUUGUGUAUGACAAGCUGAUCAUUUGUGGAGGGAUUGUUUGUCAUUGUAAAAAUGAAAUAAAACUACAUUUACAAAUGUCAACAUAAUUUUUAAUGUCAGUGGUAAAUACACAAGUUCUCUAUGAUCAUGUCUUUGCUCGAAUUAUUUACGGGGGGAUUCCCCCACCCCACCCCCUUGUACUUAUAGAACACAAAUAUGUUGAACUCUGUUGUUCAAUGGUCCUUUGAAUGUGGCAAUGCGUGGAAAAAUAAUCAUAUUACAUAUUAUUGCUUAUAUUGUUAAAACAUCUUUGAAGUACAAGACUUCUGAUACCCAAGACUUGAGGGCAACACUAGUAAAUCUGGUACAAUGAAUAUAUGAAGUUCAUAUAUUUUCUAGUAAAUCUUUCCUUACCCAGAUUUAGCCAACCAAACAAUUUCUAGGGUUGUCUUGCAUUACUGAUGGUGCAAAGUGUGGUGAGCUUUAAAAAUGUCUGCCAUAAAAGACUAGCCCAGAUGACAAAAAAACAAACAAAUAAAAAGGACAAAACAAAAAC